UGGGGAUUCAUGACAGGGUCUUGAAAGGGUCGUGUGAGAGACAAUAUUUGCCGUACGUAUAAAAGCCUUGGGUUCCCUUUCCCCUAACAUGGUAUUUUCUGAAUCAUCUUCUGUAUUAAGAAUCUGCAAAUACCAUCCAGUCAGUCUUAUUAUCCAAAGCAAUUGGCUUACUAUAUUUUGGCCCAAAUACCCUCACCUACUACUACAUCAUCUCAAGUAUAGAUCUCACAAAACCAAACGAUCGCCAACACUUUACCUGACGCCAGCCGCUAGAAGCAACCAUCCUCCUCGCUCCAUAUUACAACUUUAUUAUAUCUCUGAGACAUUCAGACCGUCCCGCAAAAAUGGCGACACAACAGGUAUCAUAUGUCCAAAAUUUGGCAAAAUACAUGUCACUGGACCAAAAGGGCUCCAUUAUGGCAGAGUACGUCUGGAUUGACAGUGAAGGUGGCGUCCGCUCAAAAUCAAGGACCCUCAAGGAACAAAAAUAUGAGCCCAAGGACCUGCCCACAUGGAACUUUGACGGCUCCUCAACGGGCCAGGCGGGAGGCGACAAUUCGGACGUGUUCCUCAAGCCCGUUGCCGUCUACCCGGAUCCGUUCCGCGGUGAGCCCAACAUCAUCGUCCUGGCCGAGUGCUGGGACUCGGACGGCACACCGAACAAGUUCAACCACCGCCAUGAAGCUGCCAAGCUGAUGGAGGCCCACGCCGAACACGAGCCUUGGUUUGGCCUCGAGCAGGAAUACACCCUCCUCAACCUUGAGGACAGGCCGUUCGGCUGGCCCAAGAAUGGCUUCCCGGCUCCCCAGGGACCGUAUUACUGCGGUGUUGGUGCCGGCAAGGUCGUCCAGAGGGAUAUCGUCGAGGCACAUUACAAAGCGUGCUUAUAUGCGGGUGUUAAGAUUUCGGGAACAAAUGCCGAGGUCAUGCCGGCACAAUGGGAGUUCCAGGUCGGCCCAUGUGAGGGCAUCGAGAUGGGCGACCACCUCUCAAUAGCACGCUUCCUCCUGCACCGCGUGGCAGAAGAAUUCGGAGCCAAGGUUUCGUUCGACCCCAAGCCCAUCCCGGGCGACUGGAACGGCGCCGGCCUGCACAGCAACUUCUCCACCAAGGAGAUGCGCGUCGACGGCGGCAUGAAGCACAUCGAGGCCGCCAUUAAGAAGCUCGAGGGCAGGCAUAAGGAGCAUAUUGCCGUUUACGGCGAGGGCAACGAAAAGCGCCUGACGGGCUCCCACGAGACGGGCAGCAUCGAGGAGUUCUCUUACGGCAUCGCCAACCGCGGCGCCAGCAUCCGCAUCCCCCGGGAGUGUGCCGCAAAGGGCUACGGUUACUUUGAGGACCGCAGGCCCGCCAGUAAUGCUGAUCCUUACCAGAUUACCGGCAUUAUCAUGGAGACCUGCUUUGGUGCAGUGAACUAACGUAGAUGUUAGCGUUGUUUGGUUUCUCGUUUACAUGUUUAGGGCAGUGAGGUUGCCGUAGGACAUCUUUUUUUUUUUUAAAAAAAAAAAUAAGACAUUCUUUAAAUACAUUGUUACCCCAAGAAACAUCACAUGAUUCAUUUUCCAUUUUAGUCGAUUUGUUUCUGGUGGAUCAUGAGCAGUACCCCUUUGAAUAAUAGUUAUGAUGAUUUAUACCAAGCAUAUGCACGCAGUAAUAUGUUACGCCUAUCAAAUAUAAUCAUGAGAUGUGUUGUACUUCGA